AGGAAGUUCACUCUGACUUUUUUUCCGUGGAAACAGACCAAGGGUUGAAGACCCUUACCUUGCUGCUACCUUGGGAACACAGCCUGCAAAUUCCCCACUGGAAAUCCACGCUGACUCUUCCGUCGUGGAAUCAGACCAAGGGUUGUAGAACCAAUACUUGCUACUAUCUUAGGAACACAGCCUGCAAAUUCCCCACCGGAAAUCCGCGCCGACUCUUCCUUCGUGGAAUCAGACCAAGGGUUGAAGACCCUAUACUUGCUGCUACCUUGGGAACACAGACUACAAAUUCCUCACUGGUUACAGUAUGGCCCCCAUUAUUACAUAUGGCUUGGAUAUUUCUUCAGAUGGUUUAUCUUGGCCAUGUGGAUGUGGUAGAAUGAAUGUGCCCACAAGACACUUGGUUUUCUGGCUUCCAAAAUAUUUCUGCGACUGUGGGAAAAAGUUUGAUGGAAACUUCAGUAUCUCGUUUGAUGAUAUAAGAGUUAAUGGCCAUAAUAUUUUGGGAAAAAUUCACAUUCAAAAAAAAAAACGUUGUGUAGCCUAUGCAUAUGUGCAUGCACUUCAAAUCAAGGAACGUUUAGAAGCCAUUAUAAUGAAGCAAGAUCCUUCUCUCCUCGAGGAUUUGAAUCCCGAGAAACUGUUCGAUAUGUUCGAAGAUAGGCGCAAUCGUAUGAUCCUCAACGGAUGCUCCACCAAACCUCGUCAGAACAUCUGUAUGGUGCACAUAGGACUGAUAUUGAAAGAAGUUGGUCUGAGAGGCCAAUCUUCUAAGCCUAACAAUAUUCAUAGAGUUGGUGAUGUUACAGUAAUUGCGAAAAAUGAUUUUGAGGGUAUCACGACCGCGGUAGCAGAAGGUGCUUCUUUAGUGACUACAUUCUACAGUGGGAAAAGGUUGCGCCAUCUGAAAUAUGGGCAGAUCUACAAGUGCUACCGCCCUUCCAAGUAUCGCAAUAAUAAACACAAAAAGAUUGUGGGGCAUGCUGUAUGUAUAGUAGGUGCAGGGCGAGAGAAUGGUGAGGAGUACUACGACGUUGUGAAUUCCCAUAAGGAUUUUUGUGCACGCCGUGAUUCCGAGGGCAAUAUUUUGAAGUCUGGUGUUGGAAGAAUACGGGCAUCUGACCUGAAAUGCAACGUAAUUCGGCUCUCUCGCACUGCUACUGAUGGAGAAGACGAAUAUAGGUUGCAGCCACAGACGGAACUUGUGCUAAAUGAUCAUAACCGUCAAUUAAUGACUCGUUUAAAGCUUUAGAUGGUUGAACAGCUUGACAUUGAUUGUAGUGAUGGGAGGA